CCGGAAGAGAAGAGGUACAUUUCCCAGCCAUCUUGUGGUAGUAUCUAGCGAAUUGUUCGCACCAAGCCUCGUAGAAUCGGAGGUGAAUUCCGCUGAAGGGGCGCGAUCAUGCCCGGGCAUCUGCAAGAAAGCUUCGGCUGCGUCGUAACCAAUCGGUUCGACCAGCUAUUGGACGAUGAAUCAGACCCUUUCGAGGUGCUAAAGGCGGCGGAGAAUAAGAAGAAAGAGGCGGCUGCAGCUGGUAUCACCAAGUCUGCAGCCCAAGCCGCCAAGCAGACCAAGAAGGAGUCACAGAAGGACAGGAAGAAUCCGCUCCUUGACAAGAAAGAUGAAACUCAGACUGCAGUACCUCUGAAGAAAGAAGGUAUCAGGCGGGUGGACCGAAGGCCGGACCAGCAGGGCCAACCUGGCUCCCAGCACCAGGCCGGGCAGGGCGAGGGGCGGCCCGCCGGCGAGAGGAGGCCAGACAACAGGAGACCCCCACGUGAGCGCCGCUUCGAUAAACCCAUCGAGGACAAGCCCGACGUCGGAGAGAGAGGAGAGUUCUCUGCAGACAAACCUUUCGUAGACCGGCCRCCCAGAGGGCGUGGCGGCGGCCGAGGUGGGCGUGGUGGACGGGGCCGGGGCAUGGGCCGGGGUGACGGCUUCGACUCCCGCGGCAAACGGGACUUCGACAGACACAGUGGCGGCGGUGACAAACCUCAGAAAUCCGAGGAGAAGCGUGGCGGMAGUGGCUCUCACAACCGGGGGAACCCCAAGGACGAAACAAGAAUUUCUGUUCCCAGUGGUGAUGCUGAACAGACUGCUGCCCCCGGGGGAACCCCUGAGGGAGUGGAACASCCCCCUGCUGACUCUGAGAACAAGGAGAACGAGGUGGAGGAACCGAAGGAGGAGGGCCCCAAGGAGAUGACCCUGGACGAAUGGAAAGCCAUGCAGGACAAGGAACGCGCCAAAGUGGAGUUCAACAUCCGCAAGCCCAACGAGGGCGCCGACAGCAAGUGGAACAAAGGCUACGUUCUGCACAAGUCCAAGAGCGAAGAUGUAAGUGACGAAAAGCUGAAAGACAGACCGGCUGUGAUUGAUGCUCCGGAGAUUGAAGCAGACACAACCCCUCUGUUCAAGGGCAAUCCUGACGAAGUUGGCCCGGACCACCACUUCCGCAAGCCCGCCAACGACAUCACAGCCCAGCUGGAGAUCAACUUUGGAGAUCUGGGCCGGCGCGGGCGGGGGGGAGCCCGUGGAGGAAGGGGAGGCCGCGGUGCGGGAGGAGGCCGAUCUGAAAAGCCGGGUGGAGUGUCCGUUCCCAACGUUGACGACCCAGAGGCCUUCCCGGCCCUGGCUUAAUACUCUAGCACCGCCACCAGACCGCCCCAUCAGCCCCUCCGGGCAUUAGCCCCGCCCCUCCGGGCCCCUCCUCUACGAGGCUUGCAUGCUUACAACUUCUUCAAGUAUACGAGAGAAAAAAAAGACUGUCAUCACACCUGAGGACUGAAAUUUUAACCUGUUUUAAAAUGACAGAUAAAAGACCAAAAAAAGCGGAAAAUGGACUUCUCUUGUUGAACUGAAGCAAAUUAUUGGUAAACGUUUUGUAUUUUGAGACAUGAUAGCAGGGAUGUUUUCAUACAGUCGUUUUUUUUCUUCAGAUAUUAUGCAUACUUCAUGGAUAUUUUUUUGUAUUGCUGCUUGAAAAAAUGCAUUUCAGAGAUUGUGUGUGUGUGUGUGUGUGUGUGUGUGUGUGUGUGUGUGUGUGUGUGUGUGUGUGUGUGUGUGUGUGUGUGUGUGUGUGUGUGUGUGUGUGUUUUAACCGCGAUGCUUUGGCUGGCUUUCCUCAUGACUUUAUCGGAAUAUUUUGGGGUCAUCUUAGACAAGCUUUUAUUUUGAAAGGGUGACUUUUAAGUCAUGUAUUGCUCUGUUAAACUCAAUACAUUUGAGUACCUUUGUACUAAAUCUUUUACUGUGUUUUAAAAAUGUACCUGUAUUCUAGUGACCCCUUGAGCUUAAUAUUCUUCUGCUUGUCAUGCAGUGAAAGUGAAUUUAGUUUAUUUUCCUAUUGAUAGGCUCUUAUUUUUCUUGACCAGUGGUUCAUGUGCUUUGUCCCUGGUCCUUAACUGCCUGUGUCUUCAGGGCAGCCAGGGUCCAAAAUGUAUUUCUAGGCUGGUCCUUGAAGGUCGUACAGGCUUUACUACUAGUAACCUUAGGACCAKUAUACGAAUAUAUUGUAUUUUUUGUGUGACCAAAUCUUUGUGUGUGUGCGUGCAUGCAUGCGAAAUUGAUUGGGUUCAUUGUGAACGUGAACAAUAGUUACUUGUAGGACUUAAAGUACUCCCCUGUCAUGAACUUGACAUCUUCCCGGGCACUUGACCACAAGUUGAAAAGCAGCUCUCUUUUGCCUGAGGUAGUUGUUAUUUCUGAGAACAUAGUUGUUUAGGGAAGAUGGUCGACUGUGAACAUAUCUUGUUUCUAUCAGCACCAGUACUCUGAAACUUACGUUUAUUUAUUUUAUAAUUCCUCGUGAUCAUCUUUGCUGUUACUGUUUUGUUGUUGUUGUUGUUGUUGUUGUUGUUAUUAUUAUUAUUAUUAUUAUCAUUACUACAGCAGCACUACUGCAUAAUUUGUCUGACAGAAAUGGACCGUUCAAUGUGGAGCAAUCGAGUGCUACAGAAUGUAUGACUGCUAACCUUGCGUAUAGUCAUCUGUGUCUAGCAUUUCCAAUAGAGGAUUUAUUUGACCAAAGUGGGUUCACACCACAGGAUGGGACAACGGCUCAUAAUAACGGCAGGAGCGGAGCUGAUGGAACGGCAUCAAACACAUGGAAACCAUGGAAACCAUGUGUUAGAUGUAUUUAAUUCCACUGAUUCCGCUCCAGUCAUUACCAUGAGCKCGUUCUCCUCAAUUAAGCUGUCACCAACCUCCUGUGCUUCACACAUUUGGGUUGGGGAAGAGGUACAUUUAAGGCAGAUAUUGUAAGUGACAGAAAGCUUUAUAUUACAGUGCUCUGGAAAGACUUGCUGGUAAUGCAUGGACACAGGUGAUUGGCGCAAGCCUUUUGUAGUACUGUUUGAGACACUUGACGGUAGACUUCUCUGCAAACAUCCCUGUUCUAAUAAAUGACUUAAGAGGUGUUAAAUGUAUUCUGCCCACG